AUGGGCGCGUGGAACCUCUUCCGUAUCUUGGGCGACUUGUCCCACGCCCUCUCCAAAUGCAUCCUCAUCUUCGCCAUCCACCGCAACCGCAGCGCCGAGGGUGUCUCUCUCAUCACCCAGAUCCUUUACGCGCUCGUCUUUUGCACCCGCUACCUCGACAUCUUUUCUGAAAAGUUCCCAUGGAACUUGAUCUUCAAGAUCUUCUACAUCACAUCGUCCUUCUACAUCCUCGGUAUAAUGCAAUGGAUCUACCCUCGAUCGCGCGAGAGGGAGAUUGCCUGGAAGAUUGGUGCCAUCAUUCUCGGCGGCUCUUUUGUCCUGUCGCCUUUUGUGAUGCUAAUCUUUGAGAGGUCCAAGGGCUUCCUGACGUGGAUGUGGGUCUUUUCCCAGAUUCUCGAGUCCGUCUGCGUCCUCCCCCAGCUUCUACUCCUUAGGCAGACGACUGUGCCUACCGUCAUCGACUCGUUCUACCUCCUCGCCCUCGGUUCCUACCGCGCCCUCUACUGUAUCAACUGGUUCCUCCGCGAAUUCGAGGUUACUGGAAAGAAACCCAACACCGUCUCCGUCAUCUUUGGCAUUAUCCAGACCGCCCUGUACGUCGACUUUGCCUGGGUAUACUACACCCGCCAGCGCGUCAAGCUCCGUGGCGGCGGCAUCGUUGACGCCGACGAUAUGCGCCGUGGCUGGCUCCUUCGUCGCAUCUUUGGUAAGCGCUUCGAGACCUCGGAGGAUGACGAAGAGAGCGGCCCCGGCUUCGACGAUGACGACACCGGCGCCCGCCGUAGCGCCCGGCCCAAGUGGGGAGCUCGGGGCAUCUCUGUCAGCGCCGAUGACGGCGUUCUCGAGCAGGAGCGACACAACCGUGAGCAGGACGAGCUCGGCGGACCUGUCGACCCGGAUGCCAAGAUGCAAGACCCUGACGAGCUUGCGCGGGCUCUGGAUGACGACGACGAUGAGCAGACCCCGCUGCGCCCCGGUCAAACAGAGGGCCAGCCCAGUGGGCUUCGAGGUGGCGAGGAGUGGCGCGACUAG